UUAUCGUAUCUAGUGUACUGGUGUACUAGCUACGCACGCCUCGCCAUAGCUCGUACCUGACCUAAAUCGCCCCGUCGUCCACUACCUCGUGACCAUGCUGGCCCAUCCACCAACCCGGACACCAUUCAAAUUUGAAAUCCACUCACGCAGUCGCAGCUGCAUCCAGCGGAGGAACCAAGCCCUCCCCGUCCCCUCACCUGGAUCAUCAGAUUUGUUAGAAAUUCACCAAUGGAUCUUGGCCCCGGGUCAUUCACCGAUCUCUUGUUCAGCUUUUCUUUCCAACCUUUCCCAGCAGAAAACGCCUCAGAUCUGAGCGAGCUAGAGGAAGAGGAGGCAGACGAGGAAGACGAGGUAGAGCAUCCUGAUUCCCAGAGCGACUCUCCUUCCUCAAGCCAAGAUGACGAGAAGAAUAUGGCCACAGAUUUAGGAUCUCAUUCAGAUGGGGAUUUUAAGAAUAAGGCCAUCCCCGAGUUUUUCAACGGCGCAGAUGGGGAUGACACCGAAGAGCAUGGAACUAAAGUGCAGCCCAAUCCAUCUCCAUGGCGUCAAAGGGUCCGACUUGGCAAGAUACCUGAUCGCCGUGCUACAUCGUCGGGCAGGGUCAGUGUUUUGGAGAAUUCAGUGAAGAAAUACGCAGAUAAGAAAUCAAAGUUCGUCGUCAAGCCAGAGAUCAGCCAGGAAUUUGAUUCCUUGGCCGAAGCUUACCACUUUUACAACCUAUACUCUUGGGAGAUUGGCUUUGGCAUCAAGUAUGGACAAUGCAGAAGGAAUGUUGAAAAAUGCAAGACUGUCCAGGACAUAGUUUGUGGAUGCGCGGGAAAACCACGCAGGGUGAAUUCCCACUCAGUAUGCUGCCAAUGCCCUGCAUUUAUAAGGUUGCAUCGCACACCGGACCAUGGUUGGUUCAUCCAUGAUGUGAAGUAUGAGCAUAAUCACGACAUGGCACAAACUUGCGGAGAGAAGUUGCAUUGGGCAUCUCACAGGCAAAUUGAUGCCCAUGCCAAAGAUAUUGUCAUGCACCUUAGGAACAACAACAUAUCGUUAAGCAAGACUUUCGGGGUGAUUGCUCGAGAGUAACACAAACUAUAAGUUGUGUUUUUCGGUCUAAUGAAACACAUACAUAAUGCCACAAGUGUUCUAUCUAGACAUCUCGAUCUUGAGGACGACAACCUACCACACGAUGUAUUUACAAGAUGCAAGGUCUAUGAGCAGAAGACAAUUAACAGAAUUAUUGAUGCGGAUAUGAGCACAGGAAAAAAUUCAGAAAUUGUGAUAUACGGACUGCUGCUGCCGAGGCCAGCGCACACAGUAUGUUACAGAGGAACAUGUAUUCGAGGUCGUUAAUACGGAAUUUCACAAAUCACGGAGAAGGGUCAAGCAAAACCAAGAGAGGACCGAUGGUCGAGGAGAUUGCAUCCAUACUUGUGGAAAAAGUGGGGCAAUACUCAUCUAGAUGCAGAGAAGUUUUGCAAAUGGCGUAUAAGAAAGGUGAAAAGAUAAACAAACGCCACGCUCAUGGGUGGGAAGGGGUAUUAAGUGAGACAGAAACCUUUAUCGAAGAAGAGACCUCAAAGAUCAUUGCAGAUAUAGAAGAAAUAUCAAGUACUGUAAGGCAGAACAACAAAAGGCCUAGGGAAGAUAAAUAUAAAGGAGGUGAUGUCUCCACUGAAGAGUCCGGAGAAGAGUCGCCAUUGUCACCAGGUUCAGCCAUGUGUAACCCAAAUACCAAUAAGUUACACUAACGAAGAUCCUGGACCUGUUAGCCAUAGGGCAAAUGAAAAUCAACAGGGUUGUUCAACAAAAAGAGCAAGGGUCAAAGAUGCAACUGCAGAGGCUGACCCAGCAAUAAAAAAUCUAGAUGAACUAAUUGCUGCAGUGGAGCAACAUAACGAAGUCAACGAUGAUACAUAAGUGCAUGACCAAAUGCCAAUUCAGGCUCAAUCAGCAGAUGGUAGGAAGUGGAUUUAUGGACCUCAUUCGUCGCUGAACACAGAGAUCCCCUCAUUUGACCUUGGCGUAGACAAAGAUGAAGCAGUCCAGGUAUCAAGCAGGGAAAUGACAGCCUUGGAUACAAGACAGCAAGAUAAACACACUGAGCAGUACACAAAACAGGGCGGUCCAAGCAAAUUUAAGAUAGAUUUCACAGGCUUCAGGAGCAUAGACCUGAUGGAUGAUUUCAGCAAAGCGGUCUUGCCACAUGUGUUUGCAGGUGCGAGUUCCGUGCCAUCAGCUAACACAACACCGGGGUCAACAGAUGGAAGAGAUGGCCUGCAAGGGUCAGGACUUGAGAUAGUAUGCACUCCUGCACACGAGGUUGUUCAACCGAACAAGGCGGCAGGAACAACACAUGUCAGCCUGAACAGGGAGAUAGCCGCCCAAGAGCUAGACAUACGUGAGGAGAUGGAGCAGGCAACAAUCAAUCUAAACGUUACACAAACACAAGAUGGGCUUAGUACACAACCACAGAGAAAAAGGACCGUUAAGCCAGGGAGGGCUGCACGAUCCCCUUUCGUCCUAGGGUAUGAUCCUCCUGUAAGAGCACCAGCUAAUGUUAAAAAGGUCUUUAGGAUGUUUAUGAAAGAGCCUGCAGAUGCAAGGAAAUACAAUUGGGUUAUCAGCACGCAGCCAAAAUACCUGGAGCUCACGGCUGAUCGUAUCAGGAUGAACCUGUCCGAAGGAGGUGUAAUAGAGAAUGAUUUGAUGACAGUAGCAGUUAGAAGAUACCAGCAAAAGGACUUUAUCUUUGCAUUGGAUAAAGAUGAAGGUUGCUGGCGACAUUGGCUAGAGCCAGACUUUAUGAACCAUGUGAGUAGAGGAGACGUGAUCGUGAGGUACGUCCGGGAUAUGUUAAUCGGGGAACAUAUUAAUUAUGACGUGCACAGAUGCACAGAGUUCAUACUGCGUGUGAAGUUCAACUUCACAUGGUCGACAUACAUAUGGGAUUUUCCAAAAAAGAGGAUAAUUGUCCUUGACCCAACCAUUAACAAUGGGGACGAGUCUGACAAAUUAAUCCAGAACAGGCACCAUAAGGUUGCAGAUAACCUUCAUGUUGCAUUGCAAAGCUGCAUUCAGCAAUUCUUUCAAGGUUGGGCUCCAGACAUGGCAAGAUGGAAUACAGUUUUCCCGAAAGGGCUCAAUGUUGGCCUAUGCAACGGGCCAGACAGUGGGGUAUAUGCGCUACACUACGGACGCAACUGGAUGGGAAGUAAAUUCAAGAGGGUCUUAAACCCGGUUCGUAAGCAGCUGACUUGUAACGUUUUCAAUUAACC